AUGAAUCUGGCCAAUGGAUAUAACUGCCGGGACAAGUGCCACAGAUGCGCGCUUCGUGAAUGGUGGGAUGUGAAAGGUGCUGUGAGACGCCUGCAGCCUGCAGAUGUCAACCCACGGCCUUUCAAAGACCUGAGGUCCCCGUUGCGAGAUCUCAUGUAUUUUCAGGGGAAUCCAAAGUAUGUGCGCAUAGACGGGGCACACACAUACGCCAUAGAUGGGAUAGGCAAAAACUAUCUCGCCACAGCCAUCCUCCUCCUGCUGCAUAUGGAUUAUUUUGGUUCUGGCAGUACAGAGUCCAAGUUCGAGACUGCUUACAAACGGUACAUGAUCUUCUGCGCGGCAAAUGGUAAAAGCACAUCGAUCCAUGAAUUCUCCUACAAGACCCUGAAGUUGAAGACCGGAUCGCUACGCGGGAAACCUUGUGGGCUUGGAAAGGGGCACGAUGCAGCGAUCGUGGGGGCUUGGCUGGGGGGAAGAGCUGGGCCAACUGGAUUUGACUUUGGUGGAACCAUUGGUGUGCAUAUGGAAAAGGUUUUGACCGUAUAUGUAGUUUGGACUAGGAAUCACCAGUAG